AUGGCCAGUGUGAAGGAGAGAAACGAUGCAGUUGAGUCCGAAAGGAUUCAAAAGGAAGCUAGAAGACAAUUAGCAGUGGAAAGGAGGGAGAAAUUGGGAGAAAUGGAGGCAAGGAGGAGGGAUGCCAAGAAGGCCUGGGAACAUGAGAAGC